AAAUAUCAUAAGAUCGGUUUUGAUAACAUGUAUUCGUAUAUAGUUAAUAUAAUACAAAUGUAUAUCAAAGUUGAUUGAUUAUAAUUACACAACUAUAGUGUGGUUAUUUUUGCAAAGCGGAGAUUUUGAUAUUUUGGAAACAUUUUGAAAGCUAGAAUCAGAUAAUAAAGGUUCAGAAAAAUCAAAGUGUAAUUAUGUCAGGGGAUGAUGAUUUUCAAGACAGUUUUAGGUCAGACCAACCUGGACAUGUCCAAUGUGACUAUGACACUGUUAGCAUACCCGGGUCCAUUUUGGAGCAGAAAGUUAGAAUACACGACCGUAGAUCAAUCGACACGCCAGUAGGCGGAUCUUAUUAUGAAUCCUCGCUGCCAAACUUAGCUGAGUCUGUGAAUUCAAACAGCGUUUAUUUGGUGAAAUACGAACCUUCUUUUUCUGCCCGUAAAUGGUUGGUUGGACCGUACUGUUUCUUAUAUAUGGCAGCGUAUAUUACUUCAUAUUUUACAUUUAUACAAUACGUGUACGCAAAGAUACAAAAAGAUUUGUUUCCCGACGUAACGUCUUUCAAUGUCUCAGGAACUUGUAAUUCCAAUUUAAGCUCAGAGGAUUAUAAAAAGCAGACUUUGGUUCAACAACAUGCCGCAAAUUGGACCAUGUAUUAUAGUUUAGCAGCUGGUAUUCCAGCAAUUUUAUCAAACAUUAUUCUUGGAUCAUCAACUGACAAGUACGGCAGAAAGUUUUUGUUCUUCUUGCCAUGUAUCGGAACAUUUCUUAAAACGGUAUUAUAUGUUCUUGGAAUUCAUCUGAACUUGGAUUUAAAAUUCUAUUUAAUUGGUUAUUUCAUAGAGGGGCUUACUGGUCAAAUGUUUACAAUGUUACUUGUAAGUUUUACGUAUGUUGCGGAUAUUACUGCUACAAAUGGGAAAAAUAGGUCAUUUGGAAUAACUUUGAUAGAAUUAUCAUUAGGAAUAGCAGUUGCCCUGUUCAGCUUUACAACUGGAUACUUCAUUCAAGCAUACGGUUUCUUUUAUCCAAUGUUAUCUUCAGGCGUCAUGACAACCGGAAGUUUAAUUACAGUUAUAUUUAUUCCUGAAACCUUUCCCAAAGAAAAAAGAAACCCAAACGAAUCGAUUCUAAUCAAACUGAAAACUGCGUACGAUUUAUUUUUCGGAUCUUUUAAUCGAGGACGUCGCUGGAUGUAUAACAUUUUGAUGGUAACGUUCACUUUAACCAUGUUUACAGUGUUCGGGCGGAGCAGCGUCGAACCCUUGUAUCAGUUAGGCACGCCAUUCUGUUGGAGCCCAGAGAAGUUAGGCUAUUAUGGUGGCCUUAAAAGUCUCUUGCAACAAAUGAUUGGUAUGGGAAUGGUAAAAUUGAUGCAGUGGAUAAUGUCUGAUGAAGCCAUAGCAAUGUUCGGAUGUCUGUCUUUUUCUGCAGCAUAUGUUAUGGAAGGCUUUGCCCGAACAGACAUUAUAAUGUAUCUAGUUCCAGUGGUCGGUGCAUGGGGGCUUCUGACCAUUCCAAUGUGCAGAUCCAUCAUGUCCGGAUUAACCAGAUCUGACCAACAAGGAGCUAUAUUUGCUGCUAUUGCUGCCAUGGAGACGGCGAUCAAUCUGGGUGGUUCCGUGGCAGCCAAUGAGAUUUACUCACAUACUGUCGGCUUUUACAGAGGCUUUGUGUUCUUCAUUUUCGCAGGCUGCUGCGGCAUAGGCUUCUUUCUAAUAUGGAUUUACAGAAUAGGAACAAGGAGGUCAAAACCACUCUUCCUGGAAAUAAAUUGAACAUUUCACGACUUAAUGUAUUUUGUCUUAAAAAGGACAAAUAUGUACAAAUUAUUCCUUGUUUGACCGAGAUGGUCGUAAGCAGACGGUUAGGUAGAUCACCCCUUAAUGAAAUCGUAAAAGUUCGUUUGAUGACGAUUAUUAUGUUCCGUAAUUAUGUAAAGGUAGUUUCAAAAAGUUUCUACCAAUUUCUCCACAUAAUUAAAUUGAAACAACAUUGGAUUACGGACUAUUGCAAUAGUUAUAAUAAUGUCAAAGUUAUUAUAUACUAAAUUUUCUUGGAAUAAAAUGUGCCUUACUCAGUGCUCAAACUCGCAAAUACGAGGUCAGUGGACUUAGCGCUCUACUUAUUGAUGGUUAUCAGAUGGGUUGUUUUGCAUUAAUUGAUAAAUCUGAUAAACCGUUGAACGGUUUUUAUACGUAUAAAUAUGUUCAUAUUUUCAGGUAAAAAUGAAAUGUUACAUGGAAUACAUAGUGUAUAUUCAAUAGCCUCUACUAACAUUGUACUAAUUAAUAUCCAUAUUUAUUCGUGUUAACAUGAAAUGUGUGUAAUAAAGGAAAUUUGACUUGA